AUGACUCAGCAUAUUCAGGAAAUGUGUGGUUUUCUUAUGAAAAAGGAUAAUCCAACAAUACUAUAUGAAGACAAUGCUGCUUGUAUUGCUCAAUUGAAAGGAGGAUACAUCAAAGGAGACAGAACAAAGCAUAUCUCACCAAAGUUCUUUUUCACGCAUGAUCUUCAACAAAAUGGUGAAAUUAAUGUUCAACAGAUUCGUUCAUGUGAAAAUUUGGUUGAUCUGUUCACUAAGGCUUUACCAACCUCAACAUUUGAGAAGUUGAGACAGAAGAUUGGAAUGCGACGUCUUCGAGAAAUAUAG